GUGGCCUCACUAUAUCCGUCUUUACCUUUAUCUUCAUCGCACAUGUGCUAGUUACGAUCCUGUGCAGAACAGCUGGAAGAGGCUGGCAGACAUGCUGGAGUUCAGAAGUAACUUCUCAGUCGUGGCACUUGAGCGACGCCUUUACGCCGUCGGUGGAGAUAAAGAGAUCGACAGCAACGUGCACAGUGUUGAGAUGUACAACCCAGACACUGACUCCUGGAGCUUUGUCCAGCCCCUGGAUCGGACUCUGAGCGGCUCUGCUGUCACUGUCGUCGACGGAGGAAUCUUCGUUUCUGGAGGUUUCGACUGCAGGUAUGUGUGUCUGGCUUCCAUGUUCCUGUACCACCCACAGAGAGGAACCACCUACCUGGCGGACAUGGCCCAUGACCGGGCUCAGCACUGCAUGGAGGCCCUGCGAGGCCGUCUCUACGUCACCGGUGGAGUUUGUAACCUGAGGGCAUUUUACACCAAUCAACAAGCCUGUGAGGUGUUCGAUCCCGUGACCGACUCUUGGACUGCUUUGGCAUCCCUGCCUGUUCCCCAUGUGGGUGCAGCCUCCGCCGUCCUGGAAGAGAAGAUCUAUAUACUGGGUGGAUACUGCCAGGACGACUACAGUGAGUCUGGGCUGGUGCACCGGUUUGAUCCCUGCACACAGCGAUGGGAAAACAUGGGCAAACUUCCUGGGGCUGUCACUGACAUCCGGGCAUGUCUUCUCCGACUGCCUCAGCACUUUAGACACUAGUUGUUGGGUAUUUAAUCGGCUUCUGGAUGAAAUAAUCAAAAGUAUCAAGUAGAAAAUUAUCAGAAAAUAAUAGAUAUUGAUGGUUGUAACGCUUAGUAUGACAAUGAUAUGUGAAUAAAGGCAUUUUGAUAGUUGGAAAGGAGGUUACCGUGGAGUUUUCUUGGAUUUGUCUGUGUGCUAUUGUGAAGAUGGGAUUUUUACAUUAUAACACAUUGUGAAACUACAAAACUUAUAUUGUAUUAUUCAUUCUUUUUAUUUGGAAACCAUGUUUGCACAAUCCUACCAGGGCCUGUUGGGACACGAGUAGAACUUGGGUCCCUGAGGGGCCUGAACACUGCUUCCUCAUGUCCCCUCUUCAAUGAGGAGGGCAGGUAUAUAAGCCACUGCAGAAAAACCUCCCUCCACAAGCAAGACACAACUUACAGCACAUCAUACAACACAAAUUUACAGGUGAGCCAAUGGGGUCCUGGGCUUUGCUUGUGUUGAGCCUCCUGGGGUUCUUGUGUGUGGAGCCUGGGUUUGGACAGAGAGGCGACGUGGACGUGGGUGAGUGGAUGAGAGCUCAAGAGAAGCUGACGAAGGAUUUACAGGAGAAUCAGAGACAUGUAGAAACCCAACAGAAGGAUCUUGAAGCCCUGGAGGCCCGGCUCAACGCGACUGUGGACGAGCUGACGGGACAGAAGGCCGACAUGGACAAACUGAAGGAGGAGAACAAAGACCUGCAAACACGACUGAAUGCCUCAGAGAUGGAGAUUGAUAAGCUGAAACAGAGCGGUGGUAAAGCCGCUCCUCAGAUCGCAUUCUCGGCCUCUCUGUCAAACUCUGGGGAGAUUUACAGCGGACCCUGCACAGACAAGUCUCUCAUUUUUAAAAGAGUCUUCUCAAACACCGGCGACGCCUACGAUCAAAAUACAGGAAUCUUCACGGCACCCGUCGGUGGUUCCUACUUCUUCAGCUUCAGCACCUACGGCUACAACACCCACGUGAUGGGGGCCAUGUUAAUGAAGAACGGCCUCCUUCAGAUUUCCACCCAUGAAAGCCCGACAGCCGACGGCUCGGACAGCAGCAGUAACUCUGUUGUUCUGCGACUGGCGGCGGGCGACAAGGUGCACGUGGAGCUGUGGGACAACGGCAGAGUGUUCGAUAACCUGAACGGACACACCACCUUCAGCGGGUUUCUCCUCUUCCCCAUGUAGAUGAACACACACGAUGUAUUCACACUGCGGUUCUCUCCUGACAUUUAAUGAUAAAAAACAAAACUCAGUUCAUGUUUUCAUUACUCAGUGAAUUUUAUUGAAGAUAUGUGGGAACAUUCAGCGUAAUUACUGCAAAAUAAAUAAACUCACUACAUUGUCU